UGCAGUCGUUCCAUAUCAGUUAGUGAAGAAGAGGACCGAAGUGGUGAUGGACAAGAUUGGCAGCCCGGGACAGAAGGUGUCGAGAUUGUUGUUACUUUUCCAAGAGAUGUCCAUCACCCCCAAGAAAUGAGCCAAGAAGUUUUAAAAGAAAACAAUCAGAUAACCGCAGUGCAUCAGGAAUGGGCACAAGCACAUUCUGUUUUUCUUCCAAAUGAAAUUAAGAUGAUGGACGUCAGGACAAAGAUGCCAACUAUGCAGCCUUCACUUCUGAAGAAAGAGGAAAGUUCCAAGGAGCUCUGCGAUGAGAACUUGGGCUUUUUGGUGCCAAGACCUUGCUUGGAGCCAAACAUUUCCAAGUCUUUAGUCAGAGAAGAUGUUUCUCACUUUCUGAAGGGCCAGCAAAGAAAAUCUGAAGAUUUUUCUACCUCUGAUAUGAAGUACAAUAGCCGAAGAACUGAGUUCCCUCUGCCACCAUUGUCACUCUCGCCCAUGAGAUCUGGUCUCCUUACUAUCCCCCCAAAUCACAAGGAUCAAAAAGAGAGAGAAAGAAAUAUUCCAAGCCUCAUAUCAUUCAUGCCUAAGCUCUCAGAGCCUGUUGGUCGAUCUGAUGAGUUUAGACCAUCAAACAAGCAACAGGAAACCCCGUUUAAGGUGUUUGUGGAUCAGACCCUCAGGUCUUCUGAUAACUUUAUUUGGUCUAGAAACAUGUGCUCUUUUUGGAAGGCUAACCAUCACAGACAACACCUGAAGAUGGAGGUGAAUAGGAAAUCUGAGGAAACAGAAGAAUAUGACAAAAUUCAAAUCUCUCACUUUGAAAAUGAGCAGUCUUCAGUGUCCUUCAAGAAUUUUAAGGAAAGAAGUUUUCCUAUAGAUAGGGAAGUGGAUAUUGACUGCUGUGGUAGUGAAAUGAGAAAAACAGAAGAAAACUCUCAAUAUCUUUCAUCAGGAAAGAAAGAGGGUUCAGUAGCCAGAAACUACGAACAAAAUAAAGAAGUUGGAUGCACCAUACAAAUCAAGUUCCAAGAAACCCAACAUUCGGAGAUAACUUUAAAAGAUAAAGAGACUAAAAAUGAUGAAGCUGCCUCAAAAAGUACUUUAGUACAUAGAGGUAAAUUAAUUGAGCCAAAUUAUGUUUUAGAAGAGCUUACUGUACUUAAAAGUUUUUCCAAUGUCGUCCCUGAUGGCCCCAUUGAAAAGAUCCCAGAAGAUCAUAGCGGCAUGGAGACAAACACAAAAAUAUCAAUAGCAGAGGCAACCAAACCAGAAGUGAAUGGGAUGGUGCCUCUUAUCCCCAUCGCUUUCCCUGGAGAUGGAACUCCCAAGGAACCAGCAAUAGCCAAACUAAGCCUCCAGAAAAGAAAGGGCACCCUUCGUAACAACAAUAGCUACAACAUACUCGCACACCAAGAAAAUGACAGGCAUAAGACAAAAACCCAUAGACAUAAGUUGGACUCAAAAACCAAGAACAGUAACAAGACACCUCAGAAUUUCAUGAUUUCCAUUGAAAGUUCCAUUAAGCCUACCAUGCAUAAAACAAGCCUAAAAACUCAAGUUUUCCCUGCUUUGGGGAUUGUUGACCCCAGACCUCAGCAAUCACCAAAGUUUCAAAGGAGAAUGCCACAGAUAGAAAAUAAGCAAUCAACUUACCGGGCUCUUAAACCUAAAAAGCAGUCAUUUCCUUGCAUCUGUAAAAAUCCAGGAAUAAAAAAGUCUUCAGUUCCUCUCCCUGUUCAACCAACAGAGCCAAGACUAAAUUACCUAGAUCUUAAGUAUAGUGACAUGUUUAAAGAAAUCAAUUCAACUGCUAAUGGACCUGGAAUCUAUGAAAUGUUUGGGACCCCUGUUUAUUGUCACAUGAGAGAGGCUGAACGGCAUGAAAACAAAUAUUAUCGAGAGAUAUGCUCUGCUCCAUCAGGCAGAUGUAUCACCAAUAAAUGCCGCUCUUCACAUGGUGAGAGGAGCAGCAAUAGCAGAGCAAGGCUUUCUCAGAAAAGACCACACACUAAACCUCCAAAGCCUUUGCUUGGAAUUAAACAAAAGCAUAAAAGUUUGAUUUUUAAAGAAAAGGGUUGUAAGGCUGCAGGUAGCAACCUACAAGACAUUGAAAGUGGCGGUGAUAUUUCAGAACUAGAGUGGCAGCUAAAGCCUUCAGGAAAUGACUUUCUAUCUUCUAAAGAUGAAGUUCAGCCCAUGAACUUUGCUCAGACCCAUGAGCAGCCCAUUGAACAGAACAAAUUCCUUCCUGUUUCAGAUUUGUUCAUUGUUGAAGAAGUCUCUAUGGAGGAGUCUGCCGAUGAAGGUGACAUUUCUAACAAUCAAAUACUUUCCACAAGCCUCAGAGACCUGCGUGAACUUGAAGAGGUACAUCACCAGGUGUACCUUUCAGAAAACAGCUGGGCAGUGCACAGUGAGAAGAGUUCCAACAAGCAUGUACUGCAAGAAAAGCAAAAUACAGCAUCUCUUGAUAAAAUAAAUGCCAACCAAAUUUUAACUGAUGAUGUAGAGUUUGAUAGUGUUUCAGAUAAGUCUAAAAUACUUACGAGUUUCUGUUUCCAAGAGGGACAAGAAAGUGCACCUUCCCAAGCAUAUCAAAUUUGGGCACAUUCUUUGGAUCAUGAUAGGUUAGCUGAUAAGACAAUUACACAUCAAAUGUUUGGAAAAAGUUUAAAUGAUGCAAAUUCAAUUUCCCAAGAAAUAUUAGACUCUAUACAGAAUGAAGAAUUGACAGAUGAACUAUUAGGGUGUCUAGCUGCAGAACUAUUAGCUCUUGAUGAGAAAGAUAACAACUCUUGCCAGAUAAUGGCAAAUGAAACAGACCCUGAAAACCUAAAUCUUGUCUUCAGUAGCAGAGGAAAUACCAUGCAAGAAUUGGUCAGAGAGACAACGAAUGUCAAAAUACAGAGACAUAAUCAUGAGUUCAGGAUAUAUGACGAGGAGGAGAAUUUUCUCAAUGAGAAGAAGGUAUUUUCUGAAAAUAGCUUAAAGUAUGAAGAACCUAUCCUGUGGACCAAGGGUGAGGUCCUUGGGAAGGGAGCCUAUGGCACAGUAUAUUGUGGUCUAACUAGCCAAGGACAGCUAAUAGCUGUAAAACAAGUGGCUUUGGAUACCUCUGAUAAAUUUGCUACUGAAAAAGAAUACCGGAAACUGCAAGAAGAAGUGGAUUUGCUCAAAGCACUGAAACAUGUCAACAUUGUGGCCUAUUUGGGGACAUGCUUGGCAGAGAACAUUGUAAGCAUUUUCAUGGAGUUUGUUCCCGGUGGCUCAAUCUCUAGUAUUAUCAAUCGUUUUGGGCCAUUGCCUGAGAUGGUGUUCUGUAAAUAUACAAAACAAAUUUUGCAAGGCGUUGCUUAUCUCCAUGAGAACUGUGUGGUGCAUCGAGAUAUCAAAGGAAAUAAUGUUAUGCUCAUGCCCACCGGAAUAAUAAAGCUGAUCGACUUUGGCUGUGCCAAACGUUUGGCUUGGGCUGGCUUAAGUGGCACACACAGCGACAUGCUUAAGUCCAUGCAUGGGACUCCAUAUUGGAUGGCCCCUGAAGUCAUCAACGAGUCUGGCUAUGGAAGGAAGUCGGACAUCUGGAGCAUUGGCUGCACUGUGUUUGAGAUGGCCACAGGGAAACCUCCACUGGCUUCCAUGGACAGAAUGGCGGCCAUGUUUUACAUUGGGGCACACCGAGGGCUGAUGCCUCCUUUGCCGGAACACUUCUCAGAAAACGCAGCAGAUUUUGUGCAUGUGUGCCUAACGAGGUAAGAAAUUUAAAGCAGGAGGAGGAGGAUAAAUUCCCAGAGAUUCCAAGCAGUUGACAUUUCCCUAUCAAUUUGUGACCUAGUCAAAGCUCUGCUU